AUGCAGAGCACAAGGAACGGUGGACUGGAGAAGUUCAAGAAGAUCGGGAAGACUGAAGAAGAGAGCCAACUGCCCUUCCCAGAGCUUCCCCAGGAUGUGGUGGAGAUGAAGGUGAAGGAAGGGAGCAAGAUCCGUAACCUGAUGGGUUUCACCAUGUCCCGAAUGGAGGAUGAAAGCAUGCAACAGAUUGUGUUCAGCGGCUCCGGCCGGGCGAUCACCAAGACCAUCACCUGCGUGGAGAUCAUGAAGCGCAAGGUAGGGGGACUUCACCAAGUCACCAAGUUGCGCUACCAGAGUUUGAGGGAGGUGUGGGAGAGCCGAGAGCAACAAGACCCCAAGGGGGAGUCCUCAGAGAACCUAAUGGUCCACAAGAAUGUGCCCUCCAUCUGCAUCCUUCUCUCCAAAGACCCGCUCGACCCCCAGAAGCAGGACUACCAGCCCCCUGAGUCCCUGACAGGCCUCUGGAUCCCAGAGGAAGACUUCAUCGAUGAGGCCAGUCUCUCCCUCAGAGGAGCUAAGCGCCCAUUGUUCUCCCCAAAACACAGUAGUGAGCCAGGCAGCAAGAGACUGAGUGUGCAGCCUUGCCAACUGGAGCCACCACAGCACCUUGCUGACUGA